GUCAAUUCCCCUCGCCCAUUGCCGCCAUGGUUGUCAAGAUCCGCCUCGCUCGUUUCGGGCGCCGAAACCAGCCAUUCUACAACAUCGUCAUCGCCCACGCCCGGACGGCGCGCAACUCCCGCCCGCUCGAGGUUAUCGGCACGUACGACCCGAUCCCCAAGCCCGAUCCGUAUGACAACUCCGGAAAGCUUCACAAGGAUAUCAAGCUCGACACACAGCGUGCGAGGUACUGGAUUGGUGUUGGUGCACAGCCCACCGACACGGCAUGGCGGUUACUCUCAAUGGUUGGCAUCCUGCCAAAGAAGCAGUUUGGGCCCAAGCAGGAUCAGCAGAAGGGUACUGUGAAGACGGAGGAAGUCAGGGUUCGUUAAGGGAGGCCUAAAAGGCUGUAUGAUAUGUAUGAAAGGCAUUUCAAGGCGUUGGCUUGGGUCAGGUGUAUUCCGAUUUGAUGGAGAGAGCAAUUCCAGAGAACGAUUGGAUGGGAAGAAACGACGAUAUCGGCCAGGUCACCAAAGGUCACCAUGCACCCAGACGAAAUGCAAUUAAGAGGACUGUACGAUAUGUGGUGAGGGUUUGAGGUUACCAGAGACACGCCAUUUGUCGCUAUUAAGAAUUGUAUUGAAGCACAACCAAAACCAUAUCUAAAACAACGCCUGAGCCGUCUUC